CAUUAGUUCAUGAUAGUGUCGACGAAGAACCAGUUGGGACUGUAAUAAGGAAAUUAUUUGUUUCAUCAUGUCAGUAUGUAAAUUCCCUCGGAUAUUUUUACAAGAAAGAUCAUUGAACGAAAUUCAAUUGCAAAUCACAUGACGAAAGUGUUAUCAGCUAGAACCACUUUCUCAUGAAAUACCUGUAGGUUAUGCGAAUUAAUUUAUCUAACAUAUAUCUCACAAAAUGGAGAAAUAUAUGCAUUUAUGGAAGGGUGUUGAUAAAUUGUCAUACACCUUUGGUGACAAACCCAAUGGCAUUAUUUGCAAAUUGGUUACCAUUAAGGAUCAUAUUUUCGUAGCAACUACCUCUAAUAAUUUAUAUCAUGGAGAGGUAUUGUUUCCAGAGGAUAGUCCUUCGUCGUUAGUUUUAAAAAGAGCUCAAUUCGAUGUGGUCGACAUAGCAUCCAACUCGGAGCAUUUAUUUAUUGUAGAUAAUAAUGGACAUGUCUUGAAAAUAAAUCCUCAGGAUAUGAGUGUAGAACAUACAAUUAUACUAAAAGAGGAAAUUACAUGUUGUAGUCACGGAUAUAAACAAGAGAACAAAAUUCUUAAAGUAAAAUCUGUAGCUGCCAACGAUUAUGGAAUGCUGUUUGUAACAGAAAAUGGACAGCUUUGGGCCAGUGGAAAUCAAUCGCAAAUAGAUAUCUAUAGUUUAGAGCCUAAGAAAGUUCAAUUUUUUGAAGGCAGAACUGUGUUCGCUGUUGCAUGUGGUUCUAAUUUUAAUGUAGUCGCCGUAAGAAAAGCAACAAAGAAUAUAAAUGACGAUACUGACAGCGAACAAGAGUUAGAGGAAGAAGUCUUUGAUAAUUCGUGCCCUCAAUGUCUCAAUGCAGUAUUAGGACUUCAUGUACAGCAAUUCAGCGAAGAUCAUUCGACCACUUCCAUUAGUUCUUUAUCGAUUAGUAGUAAAGAGCAUGAUGUUUUGCCUGCAAAAGUUGUUAAGCAAGAGCAAACUUCUAAGAUAAGUGGAAACGAAGAAGCGUGUACUAAUCCUACAGAUUCUGAUAAAGAGGAAAAGAAAAAUGUUAUUUUUCUAAAUACGGAAGCUGCAAAACAGUUCGUAAGUAAGCAAUUAUCGUGGGUCUCGUCUUAUGGGAGUGUUAAGGAAGAGGUAGCCUUGGAAAAUAUUGAGAAACCAACUGAACUGAUCAAGCAAAAUGUAUCCAAUGUAGCCAAUUUUGUGUAUGAGGGGGUAAAGAAUGUGGGGGGUAAAGUUGUUACAUUAUCAAGACAUAUAAGCGGAAGCUCGGAUACUAAUGAUUUCAAAGAGGAUAAUAGCGAAGAUUUGGAUGAAGAAGAGGAGGAAUGGCUGAAACCUACUGCCACUAGUGGCAUGACAUUGAGUUUACGUUGCGAGGAAUUUCCAUGGUCGUCGAGUACUAGCUGUUCCGAGCACGAAUUAUCUCAGCAAGGUGUAAAUGAAAGAAUCAAUGCAUUAACGCGAACUGGCAGCAAUAUCUUAUCUACCGAACUAUGGACAUGGGGUGAUAUCAAAUAUGGGCAGUUAGGAACAGGAGAUAUUAUUGUACGCUUACGUCCUACUCUGGUAUUAAAGCUCACUAAUACCGGACUUCGAAAAGUUUCUUGCGGUGCAUUUCAUAUACUUGCCUUAACAUUAGAUGGAAGGGUCUUUGCUUGGGGAAGAAAUAAUCAUAAGCAGGUAACGUUGGAACCCAAGGAGUAUGAAAGCGCGCCUCAAUGGUUUACCACAAAAUUGGCUCAAAAUGAGAGGGCUAAAGAUAUGGCAGCUGGUAGUUUUCAUAGUUUAAUCAUGAUGCAUCAUGGUCUAUAUUUUAUUGGGAAGUCUAGUAAAAUUGGAGAAAUGUACCAUCUCGACAUUGAAACAAGCAACGAAUGCAGUUUGCAGCAUAUUUUUAGUUCUGGCGAAUACAGUUGUUGUUCUGUGAUAAACGAAACCGAAAUAAACAUUUCUGAAAAUUUAGUAAGCGAUCAAAUAUUCUUGGAAGAGAUGCUGAUCGUUUAUAAACAUUUAAUCAAACCAUUCCGAAAAAAGGGUGGUGCUAUGCAAGAAUCAAAUGUUUACGAAACGUUAUGCCAAUGUUAUACAGAAUUAUUGAGUUUCAGUGUAUUGAACGUAAUUAGUUUAUGGGACUAUUUCAAUCACAUUGGCGAAUCGUACGAAGUGACGGUUGUUGCUAACGUUGAGGAGUAUAUCACUGUGUAUAAAUAUUAUUUAAACGCAAUAUGCGAUAUCAUUUCUCUGAGUGGAUUUACGUAUAUUGCAAAAAUAAUUGAAGUGCCCCGAAUUAUCACGAGUUUAUUUCCAAACAAAUUAAAAAGUAAUGACACUAAGAAAGUUAGUAAUGAAUUUAUUAUUGCUACGGCGUUGCAGGAUCCGUUGCGUAAGUUGGACAGAUAUAAAAGUAUAAUUUUGAAUUUGAUAAAGUGCAAUGGUACAAGAAUGGGCGUAGAACGAUUGCAAGAAGCCCUGGUAAAAUGGGAACAGAUAUGCAACGUACAGGAGAAGCGACAGAAAGAGGCUGUAACUACAAAGUUAUUUUGGGAAAGUUCUGGAAAAAUAGGAGAAUUGUUGAGAUCUCCUAACAGAAGAUUUAUAAGAGAAUCGCGAAUGCAUCCUAUAUCGAUACUUCAUUCUGGAAGGUUUUCUACUCAUUGGUUUAUUUUGUUAACCGAUAUAUUUAUUCAUGUUACUGGAACUAUCCAUACAGUUCACCCACUUCAAACCUUAUGGGUAGAGGUUUUAUCAGAUUCUGAAACAGUACAAAAUGCUAUAUCAAUAAUAGCGCCGGAAGAUACGUUUGUAUUGUACACUCCAACAGCUUCUGAGCGUAACGAAUGGUUACAUGCUUUGCAAAAUGCUAUUAAAUGUAGCCUACAAAGAAUUAUUGGACACGUAUCACCAAUAGUACGUCUUAGCUCCUUUACUUUCACAAAGCACAGUGUUUUCAAAGAUGCGAAGUAUACCGGACGAUGGUUGAAUGGUAAGCCACACGGUUCUGGAAAAUUGGAAUGGUGCGAUGGUCGUACAUAUAUAGGACAGUUUCGCAAAGGUACUAUUCAUGGAAAUGGUAAAAUGGAAAUUCCAUCGCAGGGAGUGUACGAAGGACAAUGGAAAGAUGGCCAACAAAAUGGCUAUGGAACAAUGAAAUAUAACAAUGGAGACUUUUACGAGGGAUAUUUCAAAGAUGGAUUGCCACAUGGUCAUGGUAUUAAGAAAGAAGGUCAUUUCAUGUCAUCUGUAGCAUCUGUUUAUAUCGGGGAAUGGGCAGCAGGUGUGAAACAAGGUUACGGAAUUAUGGAUGAUAUUAUGACAGGUGAAAAAUAUUUGGGAUCUUGGAAUAACGGCAUGAAACAUGGUUGUGGCUUAAUUGUAACUUUAGAUGGUAUUUACUAUGAAGGGGUUUUCAUGCAAGAUGUUUUAACGGGUCACGGUGUUAUGGUGUUUGAGGAUGGUACCCACUAUGAGGGUGAAUUUAAAUCAGCUGGUAUUUUUUACGGGAAAGGAACGUUAGUGUUUCCAAGCGGCGAUCGAUUAGAAGGCAAUAUGAAUGGAGUAUGGAACGAGGGAGUAAAAGUUAUUGCAACUCUACACAUGAAUAAAGCAAAUGGAAAUGUACAAUUUAAUCCGAAGCCAACAUCUUUUGGGAAGCUUUGUGUAUCGCCGGAUCAAAAAUGGAAAGCCAUAUUUAGACAUUGUUAUCAGCAACUUGGUGUGCCUGAACCAGGUUCAAAAAGUGCUAGUACGAACGACAAGUUUCUAGAAACACAACGCGCAUGGCAAAACGUUGCCAGCAUAAUAACAAAGUCUAGACAAAAGGCAUUACCACAAAAGAAUCUUUCGAAUACUUUGACCAAUGACGAGUUGGAUAAAAUUCCUUGUUACGGGAAAGAGAAACUCAACGUUGAAAGUUAUAACCUACUUCAUAAAUAUUUAAUGCAAGCUUUCGAAAACGCGCAUCAUCCAUUAGGCUGCUUUUUAACAGAGAUUGUAGUUGUGUACACAGGCACUUACGGCGGUGUUAGAGUUCAUCCUUUGCUACUCAGUCACGCAGUGUCUGAACUUCAUAGUAUUAUCUCAAGAAUGUAUGAAAUACUUAUUUUAUUGUUUCCGGAAUUACCACGAUCUGAGACAGAGUAUGUAUUGGAAGCAGAAAAUGAAGAAGAAUGCCAAACUAUAAGCGCUUCGGGGAUACUCUACCCAAUAUUACUACCUCGUGUAUAUUCGACGCUGUUUGUACUAUAUGCUUUACAUGAUAAGAAGGAAGACGAUGCUUAUUGGGAACGAUUAAUGAAAUGGAACAAGCAACCCGAUAUAACGUUAAUGAAUUUUCUGGGUAUCGAUCAAAAAUUCUGGAAAAAUAAAGAUUUAAUCGAUUUAAAUGAAAAUGGAUUGCAGUACCAAAAGGAAUCGCAUUUUAACGACGCGAUAGAAAUGUUGCAACAGUUGAAAACCACGUUUUCUCCAUUAGAGAAAUUGUUGGUCGUUAGAAAUACGUUUGAACAAAUGACGCAAACAGUUAAAAAACAAUUGGGUUCAGCAUACGUAUGGACAAUGGACGAGCUAUUUCCAGGUUUUUGUUUCGUUGUCGUACGCGCCCGCGUGUUGCAACUAGGCAGCGAAAUACAUUUUAUAGAAGACUUCAUGGAACCUCAUUUGCAAAACGGAGAACUUGGAAUUAUGUUCACCACACUUAAGGCGUGUUACUAUCAAAUAUUGCAAGAGAAAAUCAACAUUGAUUUGGCGGACGAUUGAAAGUUAAUAGUAUUGUAUAGUUUGUAAAUAAGUAAAACUAUUAUGAGCGAAAGAACAAAUUCUACUAGCUCUUAUUCUAAUAAAUUUUAAAAACACAUU